GCGUGAGCAGCCAUGGCUGGGCAGCACCUCCCGGUACCCCGGCUGGAGGGCGUUUCUCGGGAGCAGUUCAUGCAGCACCUCUACCCACAGUGCUUUUACAAGGGAAUCCAGACUUAAGAAAAUCAGAAGAUAUUGAAAGAAAAAAAUCCACAGUAUUACAGUAAGUCUGUUUAUGAGAAAACCUCUUGUGUUGGAAGGGAUUGAUUUGGGGCCAUGUACAAGCAAAUGGACGGCGGAUUACCUAAGCCAAGUUGGAGGGAAGAAAGAAGUAAAGAUUCAUGUUGCUGCAGUUGCACAGAUGGACUUCAUUAGUAAGAACUUUGUAUAUAGAACUUUACCUUUUGACCAGUUGGUCCAGAGAGCCGCUGAAGAGAAGCAUAAAGAAUUCUUUAUUUCAGAGGAUGAGAAAUACUACUUACGGUCACUUGGAGAAGAUCCUAGAAAGGAUGUUGCAGAUAUCAGAAAGCAGUUUCCUUUGUUGGAAGGAGAUAUUAAGUUUCCAGAAUUCUUCAAAGAGGAACAGUUCUUUUCCAGUGUUUUUCGAAUUAGUUCACCAGGAUUACAACUUUGGACUCAUUAUGAUGUAAUGGAUAAUUUCUUAAUACAAGUGACAGGAAAAAAGCGUGUUGUACUCUUCAGCCCUCGAGAUGCCCAGUAUUUAUAUUUAAAAGGUACUAAAUCAGAAGUACUGAAUAUAGAUAACCCAGACUUGGCUAAAUAUCCACUUUUUUCCAAGGCUAGAAGAUAUGAAUGUUCCCUUGAAGCUGGUGAUGUAUUAUUCAUUCCUGCUUUGUGGUUCCAUAAUGUAAUUUCUGAAGAGUUUGGAGUGGGAGUGAACAUCUUUUGGAAGCACCUUCCAUCUGAAUGCUAUGAUAAAACAGAUACCUAUGGCAACAAAGAUCCUAAAGCAGCAUCAAGAGCUGCACAAAUUUUGGACAGAGCCUUGAAAACACUGGCCGAAUUACCAGAGGAAUAUAGGGACUUCUAUGCACGACGAAUGGUCAUACACAUUCAAGACAAAGCCUACAGCAAGAACUCUGAGUAGAUAAUUAAGUGAAUGCAAUGCACAUAAACAUUUUAAUAACAUUUAGGUCAAAUACUUUAAAGGUAUAAUGAUAUAAAUUAAUCUUUAAACAUUUUGUUAAAAUAGGAAAGAUAAAUCAGAUUUAACAGAUUAUGUAAGUAGGAAGGGGUGUUUGUGUGGAUUCUACUUGAUGCAGAUUGUUAUAAUUAAAGAAUGCUGUGCUGGCACCACUCUUUAACAUUCAGAUGCUGACCACUAAAAGUCCAACUGAAAAUGACUUAAACAAUAAGAAAAUAUAUUGAAUCACAAUAAGUGAAAUUUAUAGAUAGAAUGGGCUGCAGUGUUUCUGAUCCAGUGAUUCUGUAAUAUCAUCAAGAACCUUGGGAGACCGCCUCCGCACCCCACCCCCUUUUCACCCACAACAUUGGCAUCAUCCUAAGGCUGGCUACCCUCGUGGUCAUGGGAUGAUUGCCAGUAGCAGUUGGAGCCUUCCGCAUCUUCAUUUACAUGCAGUGGAAGAGUUACGCUGGAUUCUAGGGGCCUCGUCCUAAUAUGAGAAAGCUUUCCCAGAAUUCACUUUCCAUAUCCUAAGGUCUCAUUGCUCUAAAAUAACUUAGUCCUGUCUAUCCUUGAGCCAGUCACUGGCAAAGGGUCUGGAAUAACACUUAGGGCAGUAAGGUCUACUGGAGCUGAGAGUAGAAGUGGAGGCCUCAUGAGGGGUAUAUGGGGACAGAAUGGAUAAGUUUUUAAAAUCACGGUUCUGAUAGGAAAACCAUGAGUAACUAAUAGUAUCUAUUACAUUUGCCUAGAAACAGAAUUUUAUGAGGAACUUUAAAAACUACAGAUACCUAGGUCCCAACUUUGUAGACUGAUUGAGAAUGUUUGGGAUUUGGUAUAGGAACUUAAUGGACCUCACAGGGUGUUUUCAUACAUAAUCAGCUGAGAUCAACUGGACUUGAUGAUAGUGACUUGGAUUAUUAGUUUUGUAAUUAGUCCAAAACAAAUGUUUAAUCUGAUCCUGACGUUUUUUGCCACCCAGUUUGUCAGGUCUGUCUUUUUUUUUUUUUUUUUGGUUUUUGAAUGUUAGAAAACAUUUACUUAAAGAAUGAAUAAAUGAGAUCCUAAUAGUGUUGUCAUU